GUAGACCUAUACGUAAACAUAACAUUGAACCCAAAAGUUUCAACAAAAAUUCAAGUCAUGACUGAUAUUCUUGGUUUUGGAUAUGCGGCUCUCAUCGCCAUCGGUGGAGCUAUGGGAUAUCUGAAAGCAGGUAGCACCAUGUCCCUCGCGUCUGGUCUUCUGUUUGGAGCUAUGGCAGGCUACGGUGCAUCCCUCACAUCUAAAAAUCCAAACGACUUCUUUGUCAUCUUUGGAACAUCUGUGGUGUUAACAGGUGUCAUGGGUUACAGAUUUUCUAACAGUGGCAAAUUCAUGCCUGCUGGACUAGUGGCAGCAUUGAGUCUGUUGAUGAUGCUACGCUACGGUCUAAGAAUGAUCAAGUAAGAGAGACAUCAGGUUCUAAAAAGCAAUACUUUGAGAAAUGGAAGAUAUUUUUUAACUUGCUGUUUUUUUUUGCUACUGGAAUAUGAUAGUGUGUACUAUGUAGUAACAAUGACCUGAUAAUAUAUUGUAGGUCAUUGAUGGGUUUAUGUAGUUUAUAUCUUGAAUGUGGUAAGUCUAAAGGCUUAACAAUUGAUGUUAUACAUGUACUUGUAAGCAAAAUUCCCUUCCUAUAUUUUGAGACAUUUCUUUAUUCAAACUUUUUUUUAAUAUACAGUAUAAUAUUAAAAAAUCUUUUUGUCGCAAUGAUCACAUGCAUUGAUUAAUUAAUGCUUUAGUUGAGGAAAAAGAAAUACUCUAUGAAGUUGUCUAAAGCAAGGUUACUCGAUCAGUCUUGUUAGAAAUUAUAGACAUGUAUUUGUCUUUGCUUUGUUUUAAUAACAUAUUUCAUAAAUCUGUAGGUAAACUGUUUCCCAUAUUUGUAAAUGUAUGUUCAAUUAAAAAAAAAAAA